AUGGUCGGAAGUGGCAAGGGCGUCUACACGUACAAAUUCGACACGACCGACGGGUCGUUGACUCCGUUCGGGAUCACAUCGGUGGGUGUCAAUCCAGUCUACGUCCAGGGAUCGACCAAGAAGUUUUCCGGUGGUAAACCUGUGCUCUACACUGUCAACGCGGUUACCGACGCGUCCAAGAAGUACCCAGGGACUCAGACUGGAUACGUGUCAGCGUUAACUCUGCGAUCCAACGGUACACUCGAACUUCUCAACACGUUGGAGUCGCACGGUGGUAACCCGACGCACAUCUCGCUGAACCCCAGCGAAGACUUCCUGGUUGUCUCUAACUAUGACGGCAGCCUCUCCAUGUUCCCACUGAACGACGACGGCUCGCUCGCCAAUGAAAGCUUCCACCAAGAAUUCCCCACCGGCAGUGAAGUCGUCAUGGACCAGCAAGCCACGGGCCACAUCCACAGCUCCAUGUGGCUACCCAACUCGAACCACGUCGUCGCAGCCAACCUGGGCAGUGACGAGCUGUUGCAAUACGAUCUAGACGUGACGAAGAAGACACUCAAGAGCAUCGGUGCAGUCAAGCGCCCUCCGGGAUCCGGACCUCGGCACAUGGCUCUCCACCCCGACGGCAACUUUGCGUACGUGGUGGACGAGAUCUCCAACACUGUCGGUGUGUACAAGAUCGACAAGGAAACUAACACUUUGUCGAGUCUGGCUGUCCAGAACAUCACGACGCUUCCAGCGGAUUUCACCAACACCAGCACUGCUGCGGACGUGCAUUUGUCCAAUAACGGCAAGUUCCUGUACGCUUCGAACCGUGGCCACAACUCGAUUGCGAUGUUUGCGGUCGACGAGACGGAUGGACCGUUGACAUCGCUCGGCUGGGAAAGCAGUCGUGGCAAGACGCCCAAAAGCUUCGUGGUUUACGGAGACUGGAUGGUCGUGGCUAACCAAGAUUCGGACACGAUGCACACGUUUGCGAUUAACGCCGACACAGGGUUGCUGAGCUACACGGGCAAGUCGUACGACGUUGGAACGCCUGAGCGUGUGUAUGUUGGCAUGUUUUGA